GCUCUGAUCUGAAACAUGGCGGCGCGGUCUCUGUGGGCGGUGCAGAGGCUGCAGCGCCUCCUGGCCUCGGGGGCUGUGUCAGAGAGCAGGGGAUGGCUACACCCAUUCAGCACUGCCACCCAAAGAACUGCUGGGGAAGACUGCAGUUCUGAGGACCCUCCUGAUGGACUUGGUCCCUCCCUUGCUGAACAGGCCUUAAGGCUAAAAGCUGUUAAACUGGAAAAAGAAGUCCAGGAUUUAACACUGAGAUACCAGAGAGCUGUUGCUGAUUCUGAAAACAUAAGGAGACGAACCCAGAGAUGUGUGGAAGACGCCAAGAUAUUUGGAAUCCAGAGCUUCUGUAAGGACUUGGUGGAGGUGGCAGACAUUUUGGAGAAGACUGCUGGGUGCUUUUCAGAAGGAGCCGAACCUGAGGACCACAAGCUUACUCUGGAAAAAGUCUUCCAAGGGCUGUCCCUUUUAGAAGCAAAGCUGAAAAGUGUGUUUGCCAAGCAUGGCCUAGAGAAAAUGACACCCAUUGGUGACAAAUACGACCCUCACGAGCAUGAACUCAUCUGUCACAUGCCAGCAGGUGUUGGGGUGCAGCCUGGCACCGUGGCAUUAGUUCGGCAGGAUGGCUACAAACUUCAUGGCCGCACCAUUAGACUUGCGCAAGUGGAAGUGGCAGUGGAGUCUCAGAGAAGGCUCUGAACAGGCCUCCAGGAGCUAAGUACUCUCCAGAGCCCAGGCACCUAUGUCUCCUUUAUUUAUUAAGCUGGUUUGUAUUAUACAUGAGGUCCUUCAUGUGCUCUGCUUUGGAUUUAGUCAUAUUGGCUUAAUCUCUACUGUGUCUUAUUGGUUUUAUGUGACCUGUUUGGUCUCAUCAGGUGUUCUGCCACAAGGCAUUUGAACAAUGUGACAAGUGUCCUAUGGCCUUUAUCAAAAUGUUUACAAAAAUCAUUUAAAUUGGUACUCUGAUGACUGAAUCCAAAAUCUUCUUAACUGUGUCUUCAUCCAAUUACUGGAAUUAAUACAACAUCUUGUAUCUCGUAUUUUAUGGGGAAAAGAGAUGGGAUUGAUUUAACAUUUAGGUACUUAGAUUGCAGUGCUUUACCCUUGAAUAAAUUUAGAUCAUUUGGGUUGACAUAAUAUACAAAGAGAUUUUUUUUUUCAAGGCUUGUUUUUUAUUUCAUUUUUCAUUUAGUUGUUUAUUUGUUUUUUGUUCUUUUGUGUGUGUGUGCGCGCGUGCACAUGUGCUUACAUUCCCUGCACAUUGUUUCAUAGCCGCCCCUUUCUGGUCCUGUUUGGAAAGGCUAAAGGGUCAGGCCAGUCUUCCUUUUCUGUUGUUGGUAAGGUAUAUGUGUUUAUUAAACUGGUCUCAAGUCUGUGAACAGGCAAGGCCUGACAAUACAGCCCACUCCCAGGAAGGGAGGGGCAGGCAUGGUAGUUGAUCAUUCAAAAAUAAAAACAAUUUAGGUGAA